UCGACACCAAUAAAGAACGAAAGAUGAGCUCAAUUUCGAAAACUAAAGAAGAGAAAUGUUACAACUCCACUUUUAAUCUUGUAGAUAGAGAGGAUGAAUUAGACAUCUACUGUGAAGGUUUCGCGUCUGGAAGAGCUCUGAUGUCCUGCGGUCAUGCUGUGACCCCAUCCUCUCUAACCAACUAUUGUCUUCGGUUGUUGGAGAAGGGUGAAAUCAACUUUGUGUGUGCUCUACCUGGUUGUGAUAUCAUAUGGUCUUACGGAGAGGUUUGUAAAAUGGCUCUUUUGACCCCUGAGGAAAAGGAGUACUUUGGACAAACCAUGACCUUGAAUGCUAUGAAGCAUCGUUUUGAUUACAAAUUAUGUCCUGGAUGCAGUUCAUGUGUUGUGAGAAAGGAUGUAUCUAACCUGAGUGUCUGCUGCAGCUGGUGCAGCAAAGAAAAAGACAGAACCUAUGAGUUCUGUUGGCAGUGUUUGAAGGAAUGGAAGGGUCCACGGCCUCGGUCAGACCGCUGUGACAAUGUUGGCUGCUCCAACGAAACACUUCAAAUAUUGAAAAACUGUGAAGAUAUCAUCUUUGAGUCUGUGAAUAAUGUCAGUGGUUGUCCCUGCAUCCGUGCUUGUCCCACCUGUGGCGUGCUGGUGGAGCAUAACAAAAAUAAGUGUAAAAAUAUUGUCUGCCCAACAUGUAAGAAGGAGUUCUGUUUUGUGUGCCUGAAACUCACAAGUGAAUGUGCAGGAAAAAGAGGAAUGUAUUCCGGACCUUGUGCCGAUGGUAUGGUGGCCCCAAGACAGACCUCUAUACCUACGUGGCAAAAGCAAUAGAUUUAACAGCGUCUUUUUUCUCUCUCUCUUCUUUGUUUGCUUUGCUCUGUUUUCCAUCAAUCUCUGAUUUUGAAAUGGCAUCCCUUUAUUUUAAACAUGUUUUGUAAAAUCUUGUGUAAAACUCUGUCUAUUCAGCAUCACAAAGUAUUGAAAUUGUUAUGAAAAGAAAGCAAGAUAGAAUCUGUGGUUUUCUCUGUAGGAGUGUAGGCUCUUUACCUUAUAAUAUAAAGUUCCCUGAGAUGACUGUUGUUGUGAUUUGCCACUAUAUGAAUAAAACAGAAUUGAAUUGAAUUAAGUUGAAAGUCUUAUGUCUAUAUUAUUAGGCUCAGAAACUGAAAAAGUUAGAAAAACUAAUUCUGGUUUUGAAACUUCAGUAACAGAAAGUUCAGUGUUUGUAGAGGCUGCAUGCUUUUCCCUCUCCUUCCCCUGUCCUUUCAGUUUUCUCGAGAACGUUGCCAAUUGGUUCAUUUGGUUUUCACCGGUUAUCCUUUCACCUAUUUUAAUGAAAGUAAACACCGAACCUGUCCUCUACACACACCACAGAAUGCCCGCCAUUUUGUUUUAAUUUAAUCUUUAUCACUUUCAGUUUCUCUCCAGCAGUUAUGAGAAGUCAUGUGACUACAGAUUAGCAGCCGUGAUUAUUUUAUACACUUUUAUUUUACUUAAUCCCUGUUAGUGCUGCUGGGAGUCGAGGUUUAUGCAUUUAUUUUAUGACUUAUGGGUUUUAUUGCACUACUUUUGGAACCUGGCACCAUGUAGUCAAAGUAUACCUGAUCUAACUCUGGGUGGAUUAUCUUACUUGGAGAGUUUGUGGGUUUAAAAAUGGUAAAUGGCCUGUAUUUAUAUAGCGCUUUACUAGUCCCUAAGGACCCCAAAGCG